AGGGCCGUUCUUGGAUCGGCAUACGGCUUUAGGUCGCAGCCACCUUUGUCCGCGGGAACGCAUCAGACGCAAUGGCGCUACAUAUGCACCCUGCAGACUGGGAUGCAGCACAAACUCAGGAAUGGUUAGAGUCGCAAUGUUUUUUCCCAUCGUUCGCAGGGCAGGAAUUAAGCGGUCAAGACAUACUCUCGCUUAGUGAGGAUGAGGCCAGGACCAUGGCGGGCGGGCAGUUCGAUCAAUUCUGGCAAUUGGCAGAGCGACUUCGCAAGGUUGCAGACGACAGCUCUUUGCUGUGUGCGCUUCGUUGUCAACAGGAGGAUGCAGAUACCAUUGUCGCGGGGCUUAUCGCAGACGACAUUGAGGGGUACCUCCGGGAUAGUUUCUUUGCGCAGGAGUUCCAUCACAGCAUUUUGAAGCAGAGGCGUGUUGAGGACAAUGAUCGUCUUCUCGCGCUGAAGCUAAGUGAGGAUUGGGCGAACGCAUCUGACCAGGAUGCGCACAUGCUCAAUGUAUUUGCACAAGAGGAGGCACUCGCGGCCGAGGAUGCCAACUUUGCAAGGUGCGUGCACGAGCUUCCGGAUGGCGCCGCAUACGUCUUGACCGAUUUGAAGUUCAAUGGCAGCGACCAGGAUGAACAAGUGGCUACAGGGCCUCCAGGAGAGCCACGCGAAUCGCUAUUGCCUGAGGUCACCGUGCCGGGGAUAUCUGCGGAGACUGAAUGCACAGAUGCAACCGAAGCAGCACAGGGACUAGACGCUGGGGGGUGCGAGGUGGUGGACCGCCGCAGCGUCGAUUCAAAACCUGUCAGCAUUGAAGAGUACGGAGAGCAGCCAGACACAAUACAGGAUGACACCGAACUCCCCCCAUUGGAGGAUGUGGAAAUGUGCGGCUGUCUCGCGUGCCUCGGCAAUUUCCCUCUGGAGUUCAUGGUCGCACUUCCUUGCCGGCAGCAUACGAUGUGUCCUGAAUGCUUCAGGCAACUUUGUUGUUCUGGACUGCGUGACGUAUCCCUCCUACCAGUGUCAUGCUGUGGAGUUCGCGUGCCCGCCGAUAUCGUGCAGAAGGUGCUGGACACCAGCGAGUUCGAACAGUACCUGCGCCUCGUUCAGGAGAAACUGGCAGCUCACAAGAUGUACUGCCCAUCCUGUUCCUGCUUCAUCGACCUGGACAACCUGAUGUCGUUGGAGAGGGCCACCGAGAUCUCGUGCCCAAGGUGCUCUGAGGCCUUGUGCAGUAAAUGCAAGUCAGGCUGGCAUCCUGGAGCGUCUUGCUCAGAUCAACCUGCAUCACCAGAGGACGUUGUUUUCGAGGAAACCGCGGCACAGCAUGGAUGGAAGCGAUGCCCUGGCUGUGCGUACUUCGUCAGCUUGAGACUCGGGUGCAACCAUAUUACAUGCCGCUGUGGUUGCGAAUUCUGCUACGCGUGUCUCGCCGACUGGUCGAACAACACCAAGACUUGUGAUUGCCCACUGUGGGAUGAACAGAACUUGUUACUAGAGGAAGAGCGCAGGCAGAAUAAUCGCGAAGAACAGCUGGGCCGCCCUCUGAGACGUCAAGAGAGGCUGGACGUGCGCCUGCAGCUAGAGCACGACAACCGUGUUGGUAACGAAUGUAACCACCGCAGUAAGCAGAGCUUCGUUUACAGAGAGUUUCAGAAGGCUCGGACUAAGAGUGGUUUGCGGACCUGCGACAACUGCUCAAAUCCUAUAACAGCGUACGCCUAUGAGUGCCAGGAAUGUCGCAUGCGCAUCUGCAGCACCUGCAUGCACAAUAGGAGGAUCGCAUAACAUGCGACCCUCGACGCGUGUCCGCACUGCCACAGCGCAGUCGGCUAGUGCCCGUGAGCUGCAGUCGCAUCGAGUCGUGCGCUGGCACGUCUGCACAUGCGAUCAGUCAGCCACCGCGGGCUUGCUGCGAGCGUAGUGGCCGCUCCAGCGCUCCGAGUCCGGGCCUGGCGUGCGCCUGCGGCCCCUUUCCGAGUGCGCUGCCGGGCAUGUCCCGCCGCCGUCUUGGGGAAACUGCGUAGAACACCGCCGCUGGAUCAGAUUUUCCGACUCGGUGCAGGGCCAGCCUGCCUGUCGUCAAGGGGGCCCCGGCCUCGGGGGCCGCUGGGCCGGUGCCGGGGCCCCCGUCCCGCUCGGCGAGCGCGGCGGGGCCGUCGGACCUGCGACCGGGCUCCCGCCGCUGCCUGCGCUGCAGAGGCGUCGAGGAGCCCGAGCUCCGCGCCGCGCGGUGGUCUUCGUUGUCCGACGAGCCUGGGCUGCGUGGGCUGGCAGGCAGCCUGCGCAGGCUUCGCCCUCGCCAUUUCUCUCGCGACCCCCUCCCCUCCUCGCCCUCCUCCUCCUGCUCCUCCUCUCCCUCCCUCCUCUCCCUCCCUCCCCUCCCUCCCUCCGCCGCCUCCUCCUCCUCUCGAGCUCGAGUCCUGGGCUGGAGGCGCUGGACGCGGCACAGUCCGAACGGCAAGAGCAGUUGGCCAUCCCCUCCGGCGUCUCCCCUGGGCUCCAGUGCCCGGCCCGGCUUGGGUCGACGGGCCGGCCCCCUGCCGGUCCUCUCCGCCUGGCUCCACCCCGUUUAGCCUGAGCUCCGCUGCCAGGUAGCCAUCUCUGCGAUUUAGCGCGUGCGAGGCCCAGCGCUUGUACAAAGGCCUUACGCUUUUCUCGUUCACUUCUCCUGCUCUCGUCCACGAUUCAGUGGGACUCGUGCUGCUAUAAACGCGCCGGCAUGCGCGUGGAGUCAGGCGUCUUCAGAUGGUACAGGGCUAUCAUCGGAUGCAUCGUUUGGACCGGUGCGUCGCACAGCUUCAUUUGCUGUUAUUGAUUGGAGUCUGCGGAUAUACAAGAAA